ACUGGUGAGAGAGAAGAAGCAGAGGAUUUUCUAUUUUUCUAACAGAUGUGGCUCAGAAAGAAGAGACUUGCAGAGUGAAGACGCUAAUGGGAACAAGCUAAGUGAGUAGAACUUUGAUUCUAUUGAACUUCUAUUUUAUGUCAAACGAUCCAGAUUAGAGCCUUUCAAACAGACUCUACAUGUAGAGAUUUUCUUUUCCUAACAACACAUCAGUCCAUGCGGGUGUCUUCAUCAGACGGCUACAGGUUAUUACCACGUUUGUACCAACUUCAACUGCAAUGUAAUGUUUAGUAAGUCUCACUUUUCAUGUGGCCACUGAACAGGCUCAUAAUCUAAAGAGAAAUCAAGCUCAUAAUGAAUCUUGGUAUGUCGUAUUAUAACACCCUUGUUUAGAUGCUGGACUCAAGGCUUACUUUUAUGCUCAGAUAUUUUUAUGAAGGAUUGGAGUUCAUGAUUGUUAAACAUUCUCCAUUUUAGAAACUAUAGCAGUGGAAAGUUUUUACUAAUGUGUUAUUUCAUUCAACAAGCCACUGAAAGCUAGAAGUGUAUUAACUAAAAUCAAAGUCCAUGUAGGAUAGGGUUGGAAAAUCAAUUUUCCUAAGGCGUCACAUGAAAAAUUGGGUCUGUUGUGGGAUUUUGCACCAAAAAGGUCAAUUAAACUGCUCAAUAUGAAUUUGAUCUGUUUUUAAACAAAUAUUUCUAAGAGUCGAAGUUAUAAUUAGGCAAGUAAAUAGUGAAACAGGCAUAGUAAAAAUGCCAAUAUAAAUAAAAACUCAUAGACACAAUGGUGAGCCAAAGUUACACAAAAUUUCAAAGACGUUUAAUUUCAUACAAAGUGUUCUUGCUAUUUUGCUUGUACUUGAAUAACUUCAUCCACAGUUUUUUUUUUUUUGGUUCUUUAGUCUUUCUCAGUGAGAGAAAUUUAGUUGGUUUUGGGCAAGUGCAAUAAAGUCAGGUUCAAUAUCUGAGGUGCAAAGGUGACAUGUGAUUGUCAUUGAUAAAGGAUCUUUAUCUGUAUUUGAUAAACUUCCCCACUGAGAAUGUUGUCUAUGUCUAAAGGUAGAUCCAAAGAGAUCUAUCUUUAGAUGACCCGAGCAUUCCUCUUUAUAUGUGAAACAUUCUCUUAUUGAGAGACAAAUAAAACCAUAGCAUUGAUUCUUAAUGAGAGAGAUACCACCAUUAGUAAAUCAAACGUGCUGUGAUUUAGUGCCCUUGCCCCAGUGAAAUGAACUAUUUUAGUUGCAACAACAACAAUGCGGUUAACUUUUUUCUCAUUACACAACACCUGUUGCUGUGAAGUCACUGAUCACAGAUAUCACACCUCUCAUCAAGAGCCAAGGAGAAAAAGUCAUAACCAUUGGGUUUUCAACCGAAGCUGCAGAUUUCCCUCAGUGUCCGUGUACUUAUGGUUUGCCAUAAGAGUGACACAUUCUCAAGUGCUUGAUUUUUAUCAAGGUAUAUUAGUACCACUACCAAACAGUCUUUGAUGAAGUGCCCAUUAAACUUUCAAGCUUUCAUGGGAAAUCACAAAGCUGGUUUUUACUGCUCCAUCCCCAGAUGGAAAGUCUGUUUUUUUUAAAAAGCCCUUGUUGUUUUUGCAGAUAUUCAGAUAUGUUUCCACUCUACAUCAGUCAAGUUCUCAUAUUUCUCUGCAUGUUUCUCUGUAAUCCACUCUCCACAAACUAAGCACAUGGCUCUCCCUCUGAGUUCAGUAAAAAAAAAUACUUAAAGUCCACAUCUUCUUACAAAAAUCCUACAUUCUAUAUCACUCUUUCCUAAUGUGAGCUGACAUUUUGGGGGGCUAGCAAAUUAUCAUUUCUCAUAAAUGCUGGGUCCAGUACAUUUACAGAAAGUGCAUUCACCUGUUCACCUGUCAAUAAAUACCUUUAAAGAAAAAGCAGAAAAGAUGAAUUCUAAUUUUCCACAAAAUCACACACAAAAACAAUAAUCCAUUUUCUGAUGUGGAGUUUAUCAAAGAGUGUUUGGCCAAAAUGGGACACUGCAUGUGUACUUCAUCUGUUUUUAAAUUCUAAUUUCCUACUGACAAAAUGUGGGCUGGUCAGGGACAACCAAAGGGCCAGAUAUGACCUGUGAGCUGUCUUGCAACUUGGUAGCCAUUUUAAAAUUCUUCUGGUUGCUUAUUGUGGAACAUUAUCUUACUUAACUAUAAUUUCAAUUGUGAUAAAACCUCAUGCACUGUAUAGACUCACCAGUCAAAUCUGGUUAAGAAAAGCAUUUUUUAACCUGCAGCUUUACCGAGCAGAAUCAGACAAGCUGUAGUGUCGAACAUAUAGGUUUUUUAUGUUUCCUCUGCAGAUGAAGGUAGAAAGUGUGUGUGAGCUGAUGUGGAUGUGAAUUCAGCAGCAUGGAUCAGUGUGAGGACAGAGAGGAGGGAGUCCCUCCUAAAGCCCCUCUGUGUGGGGAACAUGAGAGCCAGACCAAAGCUCAGAGGAUCAGUGGAAUAUCUAAUAAACCUGAACCCAGCCAUGUGUCCUUAAAGAGUGACUGGUCCAGAGGCCACCCCAUGAAUUUUAAAGGACAACAAUCAUCUACUGCAGAGAGGAUCAGUGGAAUAUCUAAUAAACCUGAACCCAGCCAUGUGUCCUUAAAGAGUGACUGGUCCAGAGGCCACCCCAUGAAUUUUAAAGGACAACAAUCAUCUACUGCAGAGAGAGUGGACCAGGAGAGCUCAGAGGGUCCCAUUGGUCAGUCUGUCCAACAGCAUCAAACACACCUGGACUCCAUAUUUAUGGUGCUGGAGGAAAACAUUAUCACUUUUGUGAAGGAUGAGCUAAAAAAGAUCAAGAAGGUUCUGAAGCCAGAUAACCUAGAAUCUUUAGAGGGUCAGAUGGAGAAUGAAGAUGAAGAGCAGAGAAGAAGCAGAGAGACAUUUGUGACAAUCACGCUCCACUUCCUAAGGAGACUGAAGCAGGCCGAGCUCGCGGACCAUCUGCAGAGUAAAUUGUUGGAUCCACUUUGUCAACAGAAAUUUAAAUCUAAGCUGAAGAAAAAGUUCCAGUGUGUGUUUGAGGGGAUUGCUAAAGAGAAAACCCUAACGUUUCUAAAUCAGAUCUACACAGAGCUCUACAUCACAGAGGGAGGGACUACUGGGGUCGGUGAUGAACAUGAGGUCAGAAAGAUUGAAACAGCAUCCAGGAAAUCAAACAGACAGGAAACAAUAAUCAGACAAGAAGACAUCUUUAAAGCCUCACAGAGAACAAAUGAACCAAUUCGCAUAGUUCUGACAAAAGGAGUGGCUGGCAUUGGAAAAACAGUCCUAACACAGAAGUUCAUUCUGGACUGGGCUGAAGACAAAGCCAACCAGGACAUCCAGUUCAUAUUUCCAUUCCCUUUCAGAGAGCUGAAUAUACUGAAAGAAAAAAGGUUCACUUUGAUGGAACUUAUUCAUCAUUUCUUUACUGAGACCAAAGAAGCAGGAAACUGCAGGUUUGAAGACUUAAGGGUUGUGUUCAUCUUUGAUGGUCUGGAUGAGUGUCGACUUCCUCUGGACUUCAAGAACACUAAAAUCCUGACCGACCCUAGAGAGUCCACCUCAGUGGAUGUGCUGCUUACAAAUCUCAUCAGGGGGAACCUACUUCCCUCUGCUUUGAUUUGGAUAACCACACGACCUGCAGCAGCCAAUCAGAUUCCUCCUAACUGUGUGGACAUGGUGACAGAAGUCAGUGGGUUCACUGACCCACAGAAGGAAGAGUACUUCAGGAAGCGAUUCAGAGACGAGGAGCAGGCCAGCAGGAUCAUCUCUCACAUCAAGACAUCACGAAGCCUCCACAUUAUGUGUCACAUCCCAGUCUUCUGCUGGAUCACUGCUACAGUUCUGGAUAAUGUGCUUAAAAGCAAAAAGAUGAGAGACCUGCCCAAGACCUUGACUGAGAUGUACAUUUACUUCCUGAUCGUUCAAACCAAAGUGAAGAAUGUCAAAUAUGAUGGAGGAUCUGGAACAGAUCCACACUGGAAUCCAGAGAGCAGGAAUAUGAUUGAGUCUCUGGGAAAACUGGCUUUUGAUCAGCUGCAGAAAGGAAACCUGAUCUUCUAUGAAUCAGACCUGACAGAGUGUGGCAUCGAUAUCAAAGCAGCCUCAGUGUACUCAGGAGUGUUCACACAGAUCUUCAAAGAGGAGAGAGGACUGUACCAGGACAAGGUGUUCUGCUUUGUCCAUCUGAGUGUUCAGGAGUUUCUGGCUGCGCUUCAUGUCCAUCUGACCUUCAUCAACUCUGGCUUCAAUCUGCUGGAAGAAAAACAAACCACCUCCCAGAAGUUUGAAACCAAAGAAUAUACAGAGGACUUCUAUGAGAGUGCUGUGGAUAGUGCCUUACAGAGUCCAAAUGGACACCUAGACUUGUUUCUUCGCUUCCUCCUAGGUCUUUCACUAAAGACCAAUCAAACUCUUUUACGAGGCCUGCUAAGACUGGCAGGCAUUGGCUCACAAACCAGUAAGAAAACAGUCCAGCACAUCAAGAAGAAACUCAGUGAGAAUCUUUCUGCAGAGAAAAGUAUCAAUCUCUUUCACUGUCUGAAUGAACUGAAUGAUCAUUCUCUAGUGAAAGAGAUCCAACAGUCCCUGAGUUCAGGCCGUCUCUCCACAGAUAAACUGUCUCCUGCUCAAUGGUCAGCUCUGGCCUUCAUCUUAUUGUCAUCAGAAAAAUACAUGGAUGAGUUUGACCUGAAGAAAUUCUGUGCUUCAGAGGAGGCUCUUUGGAGACUGCUGCCAGUGAUCAAAGCCUCCAACCGGGCCCUGCUCAGUAGCUGUAAUCUGUCAGAGAGGAGCUGUGAAGCUCUGUCCAGUCUCAAAUCAGAGGACUCUGAGCUGAUAGCUCUAGACCUGAGUAACAAUGAUCUGCAGGAUUCAGGCGUGAAGCUGCUGGUUGAUGGAAUGGAAAGUCUACACUUUAAAGUGGAAACACUCAGACUGACUGGCUGUAAUCUUACAGAGCGAAGCUGUGGAGCUUUGAACUCAGUUCUUAGCUCCCAGUCCAAUAGACUGAGGGAGUUGGACAUGAGUAACAAUGACAUGAUGGACUCGGGAGUGAAAAUGUUGUUAGCUGGACUAAAAAGUCCACACUGUAAACUGAAAACACUAAGGUUGUCAGGUUGUCUGAUUACAGAAGGUGUUUCUUUUCUGGUCUCUGAUCUAUACUCCAAAACUUCACAUCUGAGAGAGUUAGACCUGAGCUACAAUAAUCCCGGAGAUAAACAAGUAAAGCUGCUGAAACAGCUAACACUGGAAUCUCUCAGGGUGGAGCCUGCUGGAGAACAGUGGUUGAAACCAGGUCUGAGGAAGUAUUCCUGUCAACUCACAAUCGACACAAAUACAGUAAACAAAUGGCUCAAACUGUCUGAUAACAACAGGAAGGUGACACAUGUGAAGGAAGUUCAGUCAUAUCCUGAUCAUCCAGACAGAUUUGCCAGGACUCAGCUGCUGUGUAGAAAUGGUCUGACUGGUCGUUGUUACUGGGAAGUUGAGUGGAGAGGAAAUGUUGAUAUAGCAGUCAGUUACGGAGGAAUCAAAAAGAAUGGGAGCAGUUAUGAUUGUUUAUUUGGAUGGAAUAAUCAGUCCUGGAGCCUGAGCUGUUCUUAUGAUGGGUGUUACUCCAGCAAACACAAUGAGAAACAAAAGUGCAUCUGCUCCUCCUCCUCCUCUUCUGUCUCUAACAGAGUAGCAGUGUAUGUGGACUGUCCUGCUGGCACUCUGUCCUUCUACAGAGUCUCCUCUGACACUCUGAUCCACCUCCACACCUUCAACACCACAUUCACUGAACCUCUUUAUCCUGGAUUUGGAGUCUGGUCAUCUGCCUCCUCAGUGACUCUGUGCUGAGCUGAGUGUAAAGAGUGUCCUUGUGUUAGAGACACACUCUGUUGAACAGAUAGUUCAGUCUGUACAUGUCUGUCUCUUUCACUCAGAAACACGUUUUCAGAUUCAUGGAUUCAAUCAGUUGAUGUUGUAAACUGUUCUAAAUGAUUCCUUGUAAACUUUUUCCUCUUCAGUCCUUUAAAGAUGGAAACUAUGAUUAUUCCAGGAUCCACGUGUUUUUGGUGUUUCUUUCCACUCAAAGAUUCCGAGUGGACAUCCCUUAAUUUACUUCCUGUGAUAUAGAAUUGAUUUGAUGGCUAACCCUGGUGUUAAAUAUACACACACUGUUAACCUUGGACUUAUUUUGGGGUAAAUAUCACUUUCAUACCUCUUAAGUGCAAGGGAUGAACUCCUAAUGUGUUGAUUCAUUGUUUUUGCCUUUACUUCAAGUCACUGAAAUUUGCAGGAAAAUAAACAAAAAACAAGUUUAAAUGUUU